AUGAAACUAGAAAUGAGUUCAUAUUUGCACAAAGUUCCCAACACCGGUAUCACAAAUCUAUCAAACCUGAAACUGAUAGUCUUCAUAAUGUUCUGUGCAACACUACUAUUUAUUAUAACAUCGAGUCGAUAUUUGACUGGAUCAGAGUCUCUCGGACAAAUACCAAGUGAAAUUCCAAAAUCGUCGGAGCAAUUGAAUGAAGAGCUCUCACAACAAAUCAAUUCUAAAUUACACAAAUUGGCAUCAUUUGAUAAGUUCAAUUCAUUCCCAUUGCUAAAUAAACAUAUGAAAGAUGAUAUUUAUGGGUUAAUGACAUUAGAAACUUUUACUGAUCCACUUCCGUACCUUGAGAAUUACAAUGAAGAAGAGUAUUCACAACAGAACUAUCCUAUUUGUUCGGAAAAGUUAAUGUUUCCAAGUAAAAUCAAACUCACAAAACAACAGUAUUUACCAGCAGAUUUGCAACAGUUUUUGGGAGUUUUGAAUAAUAUGAGACCUUAUCACGAUAUGGUUGAAAAGGCCAAAGCAUAUUUUAUCUCUGAUUUACGAGAAGAAAAGAAAUGGUUCAGAUUUGCUGGAUCAUCAAUAUGGCUACCACAAUUUCAAUGCCAUUACAUGGUUAGUCGUUAUUUAUAUUCACCUAAUGGAGUGGCAAAUCACGCAUUUGCCAGUUUUUUGUAUAUCCAGUUGUUUGAUUCUGAUUGGAAAGAACUACCAUCACAUACUACAUUGGAUAUCCCGUUUGAACAAACAGAAGCGAACUCUAUAUUCAAAAUUUUCAAGCCAAAACAGAAAUAUGCAAACUUUCGAAAUUCAACAUACCCUCAAAUCUUGCCUAUUCCGUUUGAUUAUAAAUUGCCCAUAGAAACAAAAAAAUAUUACUAUGGUCCGGAAGAUCCAAGAAUAUUAUUACGAUCGAAUCCGUUGGGGUUUGAUGAACCUUUGAUUGUAUUUAAUAUGAAGGGGUUAAAGUUAACCAAGCGAGUAAUGUAUUCUUAUCUACCAUUUUCAAACACUUUGAAACUUUUGAAAAAAAGACGAGAGCCUUUUGCUAAUAUAGAAAAGAAUUGGACUCCUUUCAAAAGUGUGGCACAGCCAAGUAAAACCCAAACGACUAUACAUUUUAUUUAUUCGAUGAUCCCGUUAGAAGUAUUAGCAUGCGAUAUUGAUUCAGGACUUUGUGAUAUUUUACAAAAGCCAGCUAAACAUGACUUUAAUUAUGUUGGUGGAUUACGAGGCGGAACUCAGUUGGUUUCAUUGCCUUUGAAUGAAACUAUCCCUAGUGAAAUUAGAGCCAAGUUGCCAAUACCAAAAAACAGGCAAGUUUAUAUUGGGUGGGCUAGAACUCACUUGAACAAUUGCGGAUGUGGUGAUUCAAUGUAUCGACCAAACUUUAUAACUUUGGUUGAAGACUACGAUGAUGUAACUGAUAAGUAUUACUACAAGAUUGGAGAUAUUUCCGGAUAUUUUGAUUUUGCCGCAAAGAUCGAACCUUGGUCCAAACAAGUUUUGGACGAAGAAGGAAAUUUAUACGAAAAGGCUGAACAGUGCCAAGGACGAAAUGUACUUAUACCCAAUUCCAUUGCUUAUUGGGAUGUUGGAUCAAUUAAACUUGCGGGUACUGAAUAUCAGAAACACGAUUUCAAAGACAUGUUUUCCAGUGGAAAAGUGUCAGAUUUUAAUGCCAAUGAAAUCGUCUUUAAUGAUUAUAUGGGCGUAACAUUAUCUUCAGCAGAUAGAGAUGUGAGCAUUGUUCAUGUGAAAGGAUUAUUAAACUAUAUUUUACAAUUGCCCAGUUUAGUUGAUGACUCAUUGGUUAUUAACAAAGAAUGGACAUUCCAAAAGAAAGGGCAUGAUUUAAAUGUUAGGUGUGCUAUGAUUGCUAGUAAAGAGUACUGUAAAUCUUAUGCAAUAAAACAAGGAGUGAAGAUAGAUGAAAAAUCUGAGGAAACCUGA